AGAUGAUAAAGUAAGUAUAGAAACACCUUGGCUAGGUAAAUUUAGAUUAAUUAGAAUCGAAAUGUAUUGGAGCAAUAGUAGUUUUAAGGGAUCACAACAUUCCGUGGACAGUAAGCAUUUUCCUUUAGAGAUAGUUUUAAUUCAUCUUAAUAAAAAAUAUAAAGAACCAACAAAUAAACCAGAUGCUGGCUUAGCGCUGAGUGUUUUAUUCCAGAUAAAAAAGGACGAUAAUGAGAGAUUAGAUCCCCUAUUUGAUAAUUUAAAAAAUAUUAAAUACGCUUGCCAAAAUUCUACAUUAUCUUCAUCUUUACGUAUCAAGGAUAUACUUCCUCGAAAUCCUUAUUCUUAUAUAAAAUACUUUGGCUCUUUACUACAUCCUCCUUGUCACCAAGCAAUCACGUGGAUUGUCUUCCGCCACUCCAACACCGUCAGCGAAAACCAGCUAGCAAAAUUACGUAUGUUAAGAAGUACAAAGAAAGAUGAAAAACCCGAAAAGUUAAUUACAAAAAAUUCCCGAUCAAUUCAAGAUUUAAAUGAUAGAAAAAUAAUAACUACGUUACGAUUGCAUCAUCAUUGGGAAUAUCCAGUACCUUCAUCUCUUUACGACUGGUGAUAAUUAGAACAGAGCAGAAAGUAGGACAGAAUGAUGUGACCUAAAUUUGCAGUAAUGAUGAUGAGAUUGUGUUUAUAAGAUGAGAUAAUUAUAAGAAUCUGUUA